CAAACCAAGUCCAAGCGGCCAAAAACGCAACUUCUUUAUGUCAACGUCAGCAACCAUGGCUUCGUCUGCUGCCAAUGCCGCGUUAAUUGACGAUGACACGCCUGGAUUUGGAGAGGAAGAAAAUCCGAAACAGUUCCGGCAUCCUUAUGUAGUAUUUUUCCACUUCGGCUUCAGAGUAGCUGCUCUCCUUGUUUACCUUUUCUGUGGCUGGUUCUCAGAUGGAUUUGUUACUAGUUUUGUUUUCACAGUUAUCCUACUCUCUCUAGACUUCUGGACUGUUAAAAAUAUUACAGGAAGGAUCUUGGUAGGGCUCAGGUGGUGGAGUUAUGUUGAUGGUGAAGGCAAGAGUCACUGGGUCUAUGAGGCACGAAAGGAAGGUGAUGUACGAAAAGUGCAUGCUGCCGAAUCUAGAGUAUUUUGGAUAGGUUUAAUUGUUUUCCCUCUAGUAUGGUCCAUCCUCUUCAUUCUUGCUAUAUUCAGAUUCAGUUUUCGUUGGCUAGUUUUAGAUUGUAUUGCUCUUUCUCUGAAUGGAGCUAAUGUGUAUGGGUAUCUGCGAUGUAAGUUAGGCAAAGGCACAAACCUAACUGGGGCCGUUUCGAACUACGCCAACGGAUUCUUUCGUCAGCAAGUUAUGGAUAAGGCGGUUAACAUGUUGACCCGACAAGCGCAAACUUCAAACGUCAAUUCUGCAACCAACAUUAUUUAAACGAAUCAUGUAUCGCACCCUAUCGCAGCCACUAAUAUUCCAAUUUUCAGUUAAUUCAUUUUAAUAUAAAUCUUAUUCCCCGGAGUUCAAUACAUUCUUUGUUCUUGUAUAAA